AUGGCUUCUGCAAACAAUGCUCUCAGGGUGUUCUUCAUCCUAGCGGUUGUAAGCGCGGUAUGCACAGCAAAAAGGACCGGAGCAAAGACGGGAGACUCGACGGCAGCCCCUGCUGCAUCUGGAGGCGCCGCAGCUUCGGAAGGCGCCACCAAGGCGGCUGGAGCCAGCGGGACGUUCGACAUCUCUAAGCUCGGCGCGACCAACGACGACAAGACGGACUCCACAAAGGCGGUCCAAGACGCGUGGACGUCAGCGUGCGGAGCGACCGGAAGCGCCACGGUGCUCAUCCCCAAGGGCGACUACCUGGUCGGCCCUCUCAACUUCAGUGGCCCGUGCAAGGGCGCCAUCACCAUCCAGCUCGAUGGCAACCUGCUGGGAUCCAACGACCUGGCCAAGUACACGGCGAGCUGGAUCGAGGUGUCGCACGUCGACAAUAUCGUCAUCACCGGCUCGGGCACGCUCGACGGUCAGGGCACCGCCGUUUAUACCAAGACCAAGACCGACACCGUGAAGGCGAUGCCGAACACAUUGGUGCUGUUCUACGUGACCAACGGCACUGUCUCCGGAAUCAAACUACUCAACUCCAAGUUCUUCCACAUCAACAUCGACGCUUCAAAGAACAUCACGGUGAAGGACGUGAACAUCACUGCGCCCGGGGACGUUGAGAACACGGAUGGCGUCCAUGUCGGAGAGUCCUCCAAGGUGAGCAUCACCAACUCAACCAUCGGCACCGGCGACGACUGCGUCUCCGUUGGCCCCGGGAGCGACGGCGUCAUGGUGAACAGCAUCAUCUGCGGCCCCGGGCAGGGCAUCAGCAUCGGCUGCCUAGGCCGCUACAAGGACGAGAAGGAUGUCAAGGACGUGACGGUGCGGGACUGCGUGCUCAAGAAAACCACCAACGGCGUGCGCAUCAAGUCGUACGAGGACGCCGAGUCUGUGCUGACGGCGUCGCAUCUAACCUUCGAGAACAUCAGGAUGGAGGAGGUGGCGAACCCCAUCAUCAUCGACCAGUACUUCUGCCCCCAGAAGGUGUGCCCCGGCAAGCAGAGCAACUCCUCGCAUGUCAUCGUCAAGGACGUCACGUUCCGCAACAUCACGGGCACGUCGUCCACGCCACAGGCCAUCAGCCUGCUCUGCUCGCAGUCACAGCCAUGCAGCGGCGUGUCGCUCAUCGAUGUCAACGUGGAGUACGCCGGCAAAAACAACAAGACCAUGGCCGUGUGCAACAACGCCAAGGGCACCGCCAAGGGCAGUGCCGAGGGCCUGGCAUGCCUGGCUUGA